UCCGGCGGGGCUGCGGGCAGAGGGACAAGAUGGCGGCGCUGGGGGAGCCCGUCAGGCUGGAGCGAGAUAUUUGUAGAGCAAUUGAGUUGUUGGAAAAACUGCAGCGGAGUGGAGAAGUGCCACCACAAAAACUUCAAGCUCUGCAAAGGGUUCUUCAAAGUGAAUUCUGCAAUGCAGUGAGGGAGGUUUAUGAGCAUGUGUAUGAAACAGUGGACAUCAGUAGUAGUCCCGAAGUGAGAGCCAAUGCUACUGCCAAGGCCACCGUCGCCGCAUUUGCCGCCAGCGAAGGGCAUUCUCAUCCCCGAGUUGUCGAGCUGCCGAAAACAGAAGAAGGCCUCGGAUUCAACAUUAUGGGAGGGAAAGAGCAAAAUUCUCCUAUUUACAUCUCUCGGAUCAUUCCCGGUGGCAUAGCUGACAGGCACGGAGGACUGAAACGUGGGGACCAACUGCUUUCUGUUAAUGGAGUGAGUGUUGAAGGGGAGCACCAUGAAAAAGCCGUGGAACUGCUGAAGGCAGCUCAAGGAAAAGUUAAAUUAGUUGUUCGUUACACACCGAAAGUCCUGGAAGAAAUGGAGUCACGAUUUGAAAAAAUGAGAUCUGCAAAACGCAGGCAACAGACCUAAUGUACUAUAGCUGUAAUUUAUUAAAACUUCCUAUUUCAUUUUGCAUUUAGCUAAAAUAAUCUCACUUGUGACCUACUGCACUUCCCAGGAUUAUAAAAUAAUAUUUCCAUAAAAUACUAUUUUCCAUUUUAUAAAUGCUUAUAUUAACACCAUCUAUGGUACCAGAGAAGUUUAAACUUUUUUCUCACAAGAAAAAGGAAGAGGUGAAGAGGGCAAUUCUGUCCAGCUGUUUUUACAGAUCUUUUUUCAAAUGCAGAUUUUGUCAUAAAGUUGUUAUAGACUUUUUAAAAAUGCCUUUUUAAUAUCAAGAUGUACUUUUACAUGCAUCAUCUUUUUUUAAAAAAAAAUAGCUUCCUUCAUUUGGCUGCUUCCCUAAAGGUAUCAAGUCUUCAACUUUUUUUCGUUAUGAGCUGAAUUUUCAUUUCCUGGUAAAAUCACAUAGAAAUUUUGCAAGAAAAAUACCAUUGUGUAAAUCAACUACAGCGAAUCAUCACAAUCUAUUCCAUGUACUGGGCAUGUUCAGCACCACUUUUCUAUUGUGUGAGGAACAUGCAGUUAAUACCGUUCAAUCAUAGUUCAGGAUGCUGUGGAGUUUUUUACGUUUAUUUGAAACAAUGUACAAUAAAUAUUCGUAUAUAACUAUUUGUAAAAAAAAAAAAAAUUGAGGAAACCCUGAAACAAUCAUUCCUAAAAUUUCUAUUCUUUCAUAUUGACAUUUGAGUGAUGAGACAAGGAAAUAUAAUCCGAUUGUCCAAAUAUAUUUAAUCAUAAAACAGCUUUAGUCCAGAAUUGCAAUUUCAAGCUUGUUUCACAUUUGUAUUUUUAAUGGCAUUUAUUUGAAUGCACAAACAUUUGUAUAAUAUUGUAAUCCUGCAAGUUCUUAGAGGUGAGUCCCUUUAUUUGGAACUGGGAAGGUGUGGAGGAGGGUGCAUGCAAGGGAGAAAUAAUCGUUAGUCUUAGUAACCCUUACCAGGGUUAUUAUAGUGCUUUCCCUCUUUUAGAAAAUUUUAAGCUGCAAAGGAAAGAUAACAAAUUUUAGAUAAUGAUGAGCCGCUUCGUGCACAGAAGGCUGAACUGUAGAUUGUCUUUGGUUAAGAUAUUCACUGGGCAGAGUGAUCGAGUUUAAGGUUUCAGGGCAGAUUAAGAAGAAGCGUCUGUGACGACUUCAUUCUGUGAAAGUCAAAGUGUCCUCAAUUCCUGAUUCAAAGAGAAGAGCAGUGCGUUUCCCGUGUUUUGAAUCAAAACCUUGUAUUUCUGAAGUACUUUUCCAAACGGCUUUAGUGCUGUGGCUGUAGUUGCAGAAACACUUUCAAAAAGAACUUGGAGAACGGCUUCAAAGUUUUUGCCUUUGGGGGUGAAAAACUUCUUUACCUUAAAUGUAGUAACGGAGAAUUUUCUUGACUUUCCACUAGGUGUCACUGUGUAACUGGAAAGUGGCCACAAGGACCCCUUUGACUGUGAAUAGAAUACUUAGAAUAAAACUGAAUUAUAGACAGUUUACAGGCUCGUCUAGAAUAAACCAUUCCAAGAAAACGUGGCUUUUUAGGGCCCAGCAUAUAAGAAAGGUGACAGCUGAAGCAACGUGGAGAGGCUGGGCACAGUCAUGACCCGCGGCCGGUCGCUAUUUGUAAAGUCGGUCCAAGAAGAUUAGGGGCGUAGAUCUUUUCUGCAUGUUCGUAAGCACUCCGAGCCUGUAAAGAGGAUACCGGUUUUUCAUAGUUCUCAUAGUUGAGUCGAAUCAAACACUGAUAUUUAUCAUGUAGGUAACGAGCACUGGAUUGCAUGUUUGAGUCUGUCUUGUCCUCUACAGAAUGUUUCUUGUUAUUAGUUAUACCAUGUUGUUGAACUGUAUAUAUUUCAGGACCAGUUAAUGUUUUGAGAUGUUGAGACCAAACUCACUAGUCGAGAAGAACUAUGAGCAUAUUUUAAUUUAAUUGUAAAAUGGUUAGAAAUAUUUGUUGUAGAGCUUUAUAUAUUAAAAAGAGGAAUUGGUGCAAAUGAAAUUAUUGUAACGUGUGUAUAUCUUGCAUUAAAAGAUAAAGUGUACCUCGA